UCACCUCUCAAACUCAGAUACUCCUCCAACCAACCCAGGUCUCAACCCAACUCCCAGCUCUCAACCCAACUCCUGACACCAUGGCCUGCUGCUCCACCGGCUUCUGCGGAUUCCCCAGCUGCUCCACCAGUGGGAACUGUGGCUCCAGCUGCUUCCAGCCCAGCUGCUGCGAGUCCAGCUGUGGCAUUGGGGGCGGCAUUGGAGGAGGCUUUGGCCAGGAGGGUGGCUUCGGAGCCGUGAGCUACCGCAUCAGGUGGUGCCGCCCAGACUGCCGCGUGGAGGGCACCUUCCUGCCACCCUGCUGCGUCGUGAGCUGCACACCCCCCACCUGCUGCCAGCUGCACCAUGCCCAGGCCUCCUGCUGCCGCCCAUCCUACUGUGGACAGUCCUGCUGCCGCCCAGCCUGCUGCUGCUCCAGCUGCCCACCACCCUCCUGCUGUGAGCCCACCUGUUAAGAGCCAGCCUGCUGAUUUUUGAUUGCCCAGGAUGCAGCAUCUCUGAACUAUUCAUCCUCUUGACCAUCCCUGAACCACUAAGAUGUUCUUGGACCUCUAUUUCAUUUUCUCUUGUGUGGGCUAUCAAGGGUCUGAGAAUCACCAUUCUGAUUCUAUUCUAUAAUGAAUACAUUAAUCUUCACUGUGGACAGAAAAAUGCUGUGAACCCAUCUUCAGUUCAUCAAAUUGCAUGAUGAUAUUUCUGAUCCUCUUGCAAGACUGAAAACUACCACCAUAUUCUGGAGUUUUUCCUUGAGAACUAUCUACAAUGCUUAUUUUCCCACCUUGCUUUAUGAUCUAUAUUUAUCUUGUUUGCCUGCAAUUAUUUUACAAUGCCAAGGCACCAGAGUAUGCCAAGAGACAUUCCUAAGAUGUCAUCAGAGAGAAAGGAAGGUCUUCACCCAACAUCCAGCUUCUAAGAAGUCAGCUGAACCUUUCUACAGUUCAGCAUGAGACCUCUCCCUUGUUUUUUGGAUCAUAAUGAUCUUGCCUGUUGGCUAUUUCAAUUAUAUCUGUGGCACUGUGUCUUCUGAUGUUUCUUAAUAAAGGUUAUAUACUGGGCAAAGAAACCAUGGUCUGUGUUUCUACUUUUACAUCUAGUAGUUUCACUGCUUUUAAUUCAAGAACAUCUACUUGAAAAAAUUCAGUUGUUUCUUUUUGAGAAUGAAGCCAUAUAAUAUAUAACAUAUCACAUAUUAACAAUAAAAAUAUAGUAAUCGCCCCUUCUAAAGCAGGGAUGAUGGCAAAAGA